AUGACUCUUCUCGCCGAAAACAAUCCAAUUUUAUUGGAUGAAAAUAUUCCGCAUUUCUAUAAAAUAAUUAUAUUGCGAUGGGGUCUUUAUUAUGUUCAAAAAAAUGGGUUAAAAGAUGUGAAGUCAUAUCAAAAUGCGUUUUCUUCGGUUUUUAAAAAUAGCGAUGGCUCCAUUGGAACUGAUGAAUUAAUGGCUCUUUACGCGUCUGGUUCCAAAGAUGAAGUAUGGGAUUUUGACGUUCAGAGUUAUGGGCGCAUGUUUAAAGGAAACGAAUUUUCAACAAAUGAAUUGUAUUCUAAGUUAGAUACAUAUAAAAUUCAAAUCGAUGACUAUUGUGAGUUUUUAUUAGAGAACAACAAAUCUAAUGUUUGUCCUAACGCAUUCAACAAAAAUCAAAUUCGUAAAAUAGAACAAAUUUGUAAUGUUAUGGGCAUAGAACAUAACGAAAAUGUAGAUACCAU